AAAAAACGGUGUUCUUCGUAUUUGCUCAGAUCUAGAGUAAUCAAAAUGUCCAAGGAAAAUGCUGCUACUAAUCCAGAAAAAUUAACUGUGGAUGAAAAGGUUGAUAAGUUGGAAGCUACAAUGCAAACUAUGGCUGCUACUCUUCAGAUCAUCAGUCUCACUUUGUCCACUUUGACUACUAGUUCAGUUUCUUCAAUUGCAUCCUUAAUACCCACAAUAGCAGUUCCACCUGUCCCUACCAUCACACCAAGUAAUCGUGCUAAGGAUCCCAUGGUCACACAAUUGCAAUUUCCACCUAUUUAUGAGAAUCAGCCUCUAGUGGGGGAAUCAUCUUCACAUGCUCCACAAAUAUCAUCUCUGCCUUUUAAAGCCUUAUACCCACCUUUCGAGAUGAACAACCCUACGUUGCCCACAACCACACCUCUUACCCUUAACGUACCCACCUUUGAUGGGACAAGUGCCAACUAUUCAACCCAAUUCCUCGGUUGCAAUGUUAAGGCCUGUUUUAGAAGAUGGAAGAUGGCACCUUAUGCUAAUGAUGAAAAGGUGCUCAUUCAUUAUUUUCAAGACAGUCUCUCAAGCUCAGCAAAUGUUUGGUUUUCAACACUUGACAAAAAGAAGAUUCAGACUUUCAAGGAUGUUUCUCAAGCUUUUAUGAAGCAGUAUGAGUAUAAUAUGAGUUUGGCCCUUACAAGGGAUAGCUUGCAAAGAAUCACCAAGAAAGGGGUAGUUACAAUAAGUCAAGAUAGGAAGCUCAAGAUCUACUUCGAGGAGUUAGUCGAAGUUGGUUUGAUAAAGACAUUACAAGUGAACCCUAUCCAACCACCUUAUCCGUAUUGGUAUGAUGCACAGGCUAGGUGUGAAUAUCACAAUGUGGCGAGUCAUGGCACUGAGAAUUGUGCAGCUUUGAAACAUAGAAUUCAAGAUCUCAUCGAUGAGGGUACACUUCAACUUGAUGUCAAGGAAGCCAAGGGUGUUCCAAACAUCACUCAAAACCCUUUACCUCCACAUGAUGCAGGCACAAUGAAUAUGAUCACUUUUAAUGGAGUUGAAAAGCUGAUGUUGGAGGAUACUGGUUCUUGUGGUCGGUGCUAUGUGAGUCCUAAAGUGGAAGAAUCGAGAAAAGCUACCUUGAACUCAAAAGAUAUCAAAAUUGAAGAGAUGCUAGAAAAAUCACCCAAGAAGCUAGUGUUAGAAAAUGAAGUUGCAGAAUUUUUGAAUAUUUUGAGGAAGAGUGAGUAUAGCAUCAUUGAACAGCUUAACAAAACCUUGGCAAAAAUUUCUAUUUUAGAAUUGAUGCUGUCAUCUGAGGUUCAUCUUGACGCAUUGCUCAAGGUCUUAAGAGAGGCCCAUGUGCCUAAGAACAUUGAUACUCAAAAGUUUGGGAUUGUGGUUGGGGCAAUCUUAGCUCCAAAUUUUAUUAAUUUCACUGAUGAUGAGAUUCCCGAUGAAGGAAAUGGACAUACUAAAGCUCUCCAUAUUUCAGUCCAAUGUAAGAUGAUGAAUGUGCCUCAUGUGUUGAUCAACAAUGGGUUAGCUUUGAAUGUGAUUCCUAUGACUGUUUUGAAGCAGUUGAAAGUGGAUGAGUCUCACAUUAAUCACUAUAAUACAAUGGUUCGUGCUUUUGACAGAACAAAGAUGAAUGUGGUUGGAAAGAUUGAGCUUUUAGUGGAAAUUGGCCCUGUGACUUUUGAUGUGGAUUUCUUUGUUAUAGACAUUUCUCCUGCUUUUAAUAUGCUUCUUGGGAGGCCUUGGAUACAUGUUGUCAGAGCAGUACCAUCCACCUUACAUCAGAAAGUCAAAUACAUUGUCAAUGGUGUUCUUGUCACGGUGAAUGGUGAGGAGGAACACAUCAUCCGAAAGGCUACAACCAUUCCUUACUUGGGAAUUAAUCUUGGAACUUAUGAAUCCUCUUAUCACUCAAUGGAGUGUGUUGCUGUUUCUUAUAUACAUCCAAAGUUCAGAGGGAAAUGGGCUAAAAUGGCUAAACCUACCAGGGUUGCUGCUAAGAUCAUGACCAAUUGGGAGAGGCCAAAGAAGGAAGAUUGGCAAAGAAUGUGUGCUAUUAAAGCAGAGAAGCACCUUACUAGACUUCAAGGGAGAGAUCCAAGGGAUGAACCAAUGUGGGUGCUGCACAUUAGAGUCACAUUUCCACGACCUAUUGAGAUUUUGUGCCCUUCUCUUGAUGGAUAUGUGGUGAAGCGCAUGGAUGUUUUAUAUGUAGAUCCAGAGGGUACUAUUUUCACUGAUAGAUUGCUUAAACUUGGGGAAUGUUCAAAACAAGCAAAGUUUGAGGAAGUAGUUGUGGAAGAUAUCACAGAUGAAGUUUGUUUUGAUGACGAGGAAAACAGUUUUGGUUUCAACAACCUCUUUGGGCCAGCCAAAAUGACAGAUCCUAAGGAGAGGUGGAGAAGAAUACUCGUUGAAAGGGCAUUUAUGGAGAAGCAUCCCAACUUCCAUCUUGUUCAUCAUGUGAAAGCUCUAGUGGGUUCAUAUGAGUCUGUGAAAGAAGAAUCGCUAUGUGACUUGUGGGGAAAUUUGACUAUAAAUGCUUUAAAUGAGGAACAACUUGAAUUUGAUAGGGCAAUUUCUCCGGACAUGCCGAGACUUGAUCCUGAUAUUGCUGUGCAUGCCAUUCUACUCUAUUAUGAGGCCAAGUCGGUCAAGCAAAAGCUAAGAAGGAUGAAGCCAGAGGUUCUAUUGAAAGUCAAAGAAGAAGUGCAAAAGCUGCUAGACAUCAAUUUCAUUGAAGUAGUUUUAGACUUGAACAAAGCAAGCCCCAAGGAUGAUUUCCCAUUGCCUCAUAUCCAAAUUCUGCUAGAUAGUGUUGCAAAAAAUGCUUGGUUUUCUUUUGUUGAUGGCUACUCUGGGGCAACAUACCAACACUUUGUGAUUACUUUAUUACAUGACUUUGUUCAUACCAUUGUUGAGCCAUAUGUCGAUGACAUGGUGAUUAUGUCCAAAGAAGAGGUGCUACAUACAGAAAAUCUCAAGAAGGUGUUUGAACGCCUUAGAAAAUGCCAACUGAGACUCAAUCCUACCAAGUGUACUUUUGAUGUGGAUUCUGGAAAGCUACUUGGCUUCAUUGUGAGCCAUCGAGGAAUAGAGAUUGAUCCAGCCAAAAUAAAAGCCAUUGAUGAAAUGCUACCACCAAAAACCCAAAAAAAAGUCCGAGGUUUCUUGGGAAGAAUUAACUACAUUGCCUAUUUCAUUGCCAACCUCACCACCAUUUGCAAGAAAGAAAGAGCCAUCUAUUAUGUGAGCAAGAAGUUCAAUGAUUGUGAAAGUAAAUACUCACCCUUAGAAAAAACUUGUUGUGCCUUAGCUUGGACAUCCAAGAAACUUCGCCACUACAUGUUAACCAACACCACUUACCUACUUUCAAGAAUGGAUCCCAUAAAAUUCAUUUUUGAAAAACCUACCCUUUCUGGAAGAAUCUCUCGAUGGCGUAUGCUGCUUUCCAAAUUUGAUAUUGUUUACACAACACAAAAAGCCAUCAAAGGGCAAGCCAUUGCAGAUCACUUAGUUGAACAUGUGACAGAGGAUUAUGAGCCUAUUGAUUGGGAUUUUCUUGAUGAGGACAUUUUGGUAGUGGAGGCAAAAUCUGAUUCAGAUAAUCGGAAGCUCUUCUUUGAUGGAGCUGAUAACCAGCUUGGUUGUGGCCUUGGAGCCGUGUUGGUAUCCCCAAAGGGUGAUCAUUUUCCUAUUACUAUAAAGCUUGAUUUUUCUUGUACCAACAGCAUAGCCGAAUAUGAAGCUUGUAUUGCAGGAAUACAUGCUGCUUUGGAUAUGAAUGUUCGAGAUUUGGAGAUAUAUGGUGAUUGGCAAACUAAGGACCCAAAACUUAUUCCUUAUCACCAAUAUCUUGAAACUUUCAUCAAGAAAUUUAGAUUCAUCUCUUUAAACCAUAUGCCCCAUGUCGAGAACCAAUUCGCAGAUGCUUUGGCUACUUUAGCCUCCAUGAUCCAAAUCUCCAAUGAUGUUGCAAUCAAGCCUUUAAGGAUUGAAAUUAGUCGAGAAUCGGCACAUUGCAUGGAAAUCAAGGUUGAUGACAAACCAUGGUUUCAUGAUAUUAAACAGUUCUUGCAAAAUGGGGAAUACCCUCUACAUGCUUCUGAGGUCCAUGAAGGGAUAUGUGGGACACAUGCAAAUGGAAGAAUGCUUGCUAGAAAAUUUCUCCAGGCUGGGUAUUAUUGGUUGACUAUGGAACAUGACUGCAUCAAAUAUGCACGGGCUUGUCACAAAUGUCAGAUUUAUGCUGAUCAUAUUAAUGCUCCACCUUUAUUACUGCAUAAUAUGUCUGCUCCUUGGCCGUUCUCCAUGUGGGGCAUCGAUGUGAUUGGGGAAAUUAAUCCUAAAGCUUCCAAUGGUCAUCAAUUUAUCUUGGUUGCUAUUGAUUAUUUUACCAAAUGGGUAGAAGCAGCGUCUUACGCUAGUGUUACAAAAAAGGUGGUCACUUGCUUCAUCAAGAGAGAGAUCAUCUGCAGAUAUAGGCAGCUAGAGGCCAUCAUUACUAAUAAUGCAAGCAAUUUGAACAAUGACAUGAUUACUGUGCUAUGCAAGCAAUUCAAGAUCAAGCAUUUGAACUCUUCUCCAUACCAACCAAAGAUGAAUGGUGCAGUGGAAGUUCCCAACAAGAAUAUCAAGAAGAUUCUAGCUAAAAUGAUAGUUACUUACAAAGAUUGGCAUGAAAUGUUGCCAUAUGCUCUCCAUGCUUAUAGAACCUCUAUUCGCACUUCAACUGGGGCAACCCCUUAUUCGUUGGUAUAUGGAAUGGAGGUAGUACUACCAAUUGAGCUAGAAAUUCCUUCCAUGAGAAGUUUAUCCAAGUCGAGGAUUGAGGAAGAAGAUUUGAUUCAGAAAAGGAUAGAUCACCUUAACUUGCUUGAUGAGAAAAGAUAGGCAGCUCUUUGUCACGGUCAAUGCUAUCAGCGACAAAUUGCAGCAGCUUACAACAAGAAAGUCAAACCUAGAGUAUUUCAUCAAGGAGAUUUCACCUUAAGAAAGAUCAUGCCAAAUG